UCAGUGAUUGUGAUGAUGGCAACACUCUUCAACGCAGCUCUUGGGAUUCCUUCAUCUCCUUGCUUCUCAUUUUCAAAACAACUCACUCUUUCGCCUCUCCGUUGUUUGAGGAACAAUCAGGAUGUCAAUGGCUAUCAUGAACAUAGGUUAGAGAUUCAAGGUGAUAAAAAUGUGGAGAAAUCUAAGCCAAUAACCGGUGAUGACCAUGCAAAGCCAGAUUUUUUGGGUACGCUCAGAGAAUUUGAGCAGAACAUAGUAUACCUGAACAACGAGCUGCUCAAGGUCAUAGACGAACUUCACAAAACAAAAAGAGAAAAACAGUCUCUACUUAGUCUGGCAGAGAAAUUAGAAGCGGAAAAGAUGGCUGGUGCUGGUAGAGAUAACCAAUUAGGUUGUUCGGAUUUGCUGCUUCGGAUAGGCUCAAUGGUCCUUAACAAUGUGAUUAGCCCCGGGGAAGCAUCUGAAUUAAGAAGAUUGGUGAUAAGCCACAUAGUGGGUGCAUAUGAUGAUUUUAAUGUUACUGCAAACAAAGGAGAUUCUGAACUUCUUGAGGAACUUCGUCAGUUUUCAUAUGGAAGCAAAAAGUAAAUCCUGCCAUCAUUUGGCGAUUUUCUUCUUUCUUCUUUGAUCCUCACAACAAUUUUCUACAGUUUCCCUUUGUCAAAGAUAUUUUAAAUCUGAUUGAUCUCUUUGUAUCAACUUUAUUCAGGAGUGGUUUUCAUAUUGUUCACA